AUGGAUCGUUUGAAUAGAGACGUUCUACUCCUGAUCUGCUCCUACCUCGACCUGGGAGCCCUAGCCAGCUUAGCAGUAGUCUAUCCGAGAUUGUCAAAUGAUAUCUUUCGUAUUCUGAGAAGUACUCGAUGGGCACUUAAGUUGAGAAUUCUUCCACAAUAUACCAGCAUGGCAUACAUUUCCAUACCAAAAUCUAAUUCCCAUAUUUCAUUACCAGAAGAAAAGCCUAUCCAGGACGACCUAUUAUUCGGACAAUGGACGGAAUUACGAGGGAUGGUUAGAAAGCAAAUUCCAUAUGAGUCCAUGCAUAUCACUUAUCUGGACAUCACACAGUUUGGAUCCGCCUCGGUGCCGACCGAUGUAAAACAUAUUUUGGGAUCUGUAGAAACGGAUUUGUUGAGCUUGAAAUAUGAAAGCCGUGUGGAGGCUCGAAAGAUCCUUGAACGGGUGUCAUUUAACCCUAGAGCUACCCUAUAUAUUCAUGAACUCACUUUCGAGAAGGCUACUGAACCACUUAUUCCCACUGAACUUACCCAUAUUGAAGACGUCUGGUUCUGCGGUGAUAUUUUGCCAGCCGACUUUAUUACCCUACUUUCCUCAGAAAUUUUAUCGCUUUGUCUAACUUGCGAUCGAAUACGGAAAGACUGCGUAGUUAUAGUAAGGGAGUACAUAAAGGACUUAGCUGGAGUCGGUGAAGAAUGUAUGGCUAAUGGGCCACGA